CUGUCAAACGUCAAGUGUCAACUCAUAUUAAAUAGGUUACAAAAGUUGUUUGUGUUUGAUUAAACAUUUUUAAUUAUUGAGCGUCUGUUAUUUGUUUGUGCUAUUUUAAAAUCAGACAUAUUUAUCGAAAUUUUAUAUAGGUUUUGUCAAUUUACAGUAAACGCACAAUCAUGGGUGGCGGAGAUUUGAAUACAAAGAAAGCUUGGCACCCUAGUAAUUAUAAAAACCAAGAGCGUGUUUGGAAAGCUGAGCAAGCGGCGGCACAAGAAAAGAAACGGAUAUCAGAACUGCAGCGGGAACGCGCUGAAGAAAGGGACAGAGAGCAGUUGAACGAAAUAGCUAAACGUACUGCUGCAGGGGGCAGCUCGCCUAACGACAAUCGUUUACAUUGGAUGUAUGAUAAACCUGAUAAAAAAGUACAACAAGAAGACUAUCUGCUCGGCAAAUCAAUUGACACUAAUCAUGAUCAGACCGCUAAAGAUAACCAAGAUGUUAUACCAGCGGUGGCUCGAAGAGUUGUUGGCUCCAGCAUGACGGCCAUGUCAAGUGAUACACAAGUCGAUCUAGUUCGGAAACUUAGAGAAGAUCCAUUGUUAUUGAUAAAAGAAAGAGAGCGAGCUGCGAGGGCAGCACUUUUGAACAACCCACUCCAGCGACGUCGCCUUACAGAGUUAUUAAGAAAAGAACAAGAUCAGUCAAAGAUGAAAAAGGAUGAAAAGAAAACCAAGAAAAAACACAAUGACCUAGAUAAUAUUUUAGCAGCAAAAUUAAAUGCAUUAGGGGCAAAAAAGGGGGUUGAUUUAAAAACUUUACUUGCUUCAGAUGAUGAUUCUUCCUCCGAUUCAUCCUCAGAUCAAAGCAAGCACAAAAAGAAAAAAGACAAGAAAAAGAAGAAGAAGAAGAAAAGUAAAAAGCAACACAAAAAUAAAAAGAAUUCUGAUUCUGAUGAAUCUGAAAAAGAGAAAAUGGAAAGUAAAAACGACUCGAGACAUGCAAGAAAACAAGAUAAAGAUUGUAAAUUAGAAGAACCGCAACGUAAGCGGAAGUCAGAACAUAAAGAUGAUUAUGAACAAGAGAAAAUAAAGAAACACAGACAAGAUAUGACCACAGAUAGUAAAUAUACACGAGAGAAACGUCGUGACACAAGUGACGAAGGUUACAAAAGGAGUACCAAAGGAAGUACAUCAUCUCAUAAAUAUAAUGAUAGGGAACAAAGGGAAAAACAAGAUAGUAGAGGGAAAGGGCGGGUAGGUAUGAGUGAAGAGGAAAAGGCCGCAAAAUUAGCGGAAAUGGCCGCUGCUGGGGCAGAGCGCGAGAUACAGCGCGGCCGGCGCGUGGCUGAACAGUUGGCAGAAAAAGAGGAUUCAGAAAAGAGGUCGAAUAUUCCUCGGUCUUCACGCCGCGAAGCGCAAGCUCUCCCAGACUCACUCGAGAGCCGCAUUCAUUCUAACAGACAUUACAUUCAGCGUGAUCGAAAGCACAUGAAUGAACACUUUGCUAGAAGGUAGCAGUUCUUGUCACCUGAAUAUUUUUAAAAUAAAACAAAUCUCUGUAAAGUGUACAUUUAUUUAUUUAAAAUAUGAGUAACUUUGCUAAACCAAUAAAUAAAAUCUGCAAAAUGCUUAUAUUAAAAAUCCACUCCUAAUUAUUGUUACUGGUUAACAGGGUCUUUAUAAUAAUUAUAAAGUAAUGUUGCUUAUAAUGCAAUUAUUGGAGUCCAUAAUA